AUGGGUCCAAAAAAUUCAAAAUCAUAUAAAAGGUCAUCAUACAACAGGCAUUCUAUAGCAUUAUCAUCACCCAACAAAACAUCGAAGGCGUUGUAUACAACCAAUUCAGCGUCUUUUCGCGCGCAGAACAAUUUUUAUCAUUAUUCGGAAAAUCCAAUAAUUGAUUUAACACCACCUAUGAGAUAUCCAAAGUCGGAGUCUACAUACACUCAAAAUCAUCGUUAUGUAUGGGACGGCAGAGCUAGCGAAGAACCUUCAGCUAGAAAGCUUCAAAGUUCUGGUACUGGCUAUAUGAACAUUGAUCGGAAUGACUAUUCUGAAGUCGAAACAAUACGAGAGAUAAAACCAUCGCCAAAACCCAAGUUGGAAAAUGAUCGUUCUAAAGGUAAUUUUCAUACGUAA